CGUCGAGUUGCCUUGCCCAAGGCCAGGCACGCGGAGACAGGACCUGGACCCCAAGCUGCUGAACUCCAGGCUAGCGCCUUGCCCUCCUCCCUCUCCCCUGGGAACGAUCCCCCCGGACCAGCGCCUGGCUGCCCGGCCGGCGGCGGCUCUGCAAGGCCCGAUUACGACACUAUCUCGCCCCAUCCCUUUUUUUGCUGCGCCGCGCGCGAGGGAAGCUAGGACCCGGCGGGAUCCUCCGGCAGCGCCCAGGGAGGUGCAGCUGUGUCUGGGGUUUGGUUCGGCUUGUCAGUUUCACCUCCUGGACCUACACCCCCGCGCAGCCAAAGGCAGGGGGAGGGGGCGGCUUCCACCUGCUGCCUGCGGCCCUCAGCACCCAGCGGGGCGCCCCAGGCCUGCGGGAGCCGGGGAAGGAUCAGCCGGCGCAAGGUGGGGGGAGACCUGAGUGGAACCUCUCCCCUGGGAGCGGCGAUUCUGCUGCGCACCAGAGACCUGCUCUCCGUCUCCUCCAGCUCAUCUGCUGCAGAGCCCCAGCUGCUGCUGCUGCUGCUGCUGCUCCAGCCUGGGCUGAGCCAGAGAGGGGACGACCUGCUGCUGCAGCUUUCCGUAGGAGAUCGAGCACUUCCCCCAAGUUGGGGUGGUUUUCUGUGUUUGGAUUCGGUCACUGCCAUCGUCACCUCCCGGGGAGGCAGAUUGCGUUGCUUGCGGGAGCUCACGGAGGCAGAUCCUGAGAGGAGGAAGCAGCUUGCCCCUCCCACCCCCCGCCGCGGUAAUAACACUCACCUGUUCUCCAUUGGUGGCACACCUGGGCAGGAGGGGCCUGUUUCGAGGCAGCGGUGAGCCGCACAACUUGGCAUUAAACGUUUAGAAGGCAGGGAGAAAAGGCAGAAGCCUCUCCUACAGAGAGAAGAGACUCCAUCUAUACACACACACUUCUCCAGCACAGCUCGCUGAUAUUUCAAGGGGUUUCCUCCAGCCUGGGCUGAAAUAUUUAUUUUCUUUUGCUCUUGUUUUUGUUUGCAUAAGAGCUAUCUGGUGAGCCCUCCCCACCAGGAAUCCUUAGGAGACAGCUUCUGGUUCUCCCUGUAGAGAACUUAAUUUUGAAAUCUGCUUUUCCUGCCUGUUCUGAAACCAUCUCCUCUUCCCCCCGCUUUAAAAACAGCUAUUCUGGUUUCAGAAUCUCUUAAUUGGUGCAAAACCAGUAUUUCCAUUUUUUUGGAGUGGGGGACAGACAGACACCGUCGAAGGCCCACAGAGCCUGCUGUUCUUAAGGAAACUUAAAAUUCGAAUUUGUCAGUGUCUCUUCCAAAACUAUGUCCACCCGGGAAAGCGUACAGAUCCCAGACGAUCGGGAUUUUAAUAAUUUCCGGACAGAAUGCAACUCGGACGCAGGCUGGAGUCAAACUUAUAACAAAUCGGGAAUUGUUGUGUGGAUUCAAAUCUUGGAGGUGGAGAGAUCCCUGCAUAAAAUCAAGUGCAGGAUGGAGUGCAAGGACAUCGCUGCGGAGACGCUCUAUGACGUGCUGCACGACAUCGAGUACCGGAAAAAGUGGGACACGAACGUCAUAGAGACCUUCGACAUUGGGAAGCUGACGGUCAACUCGGAUGUGGGCUACUACGCCUGGAAGUGCCCCAAGCCCCUGAAGAACAGAGACGUCAUCACCCUGCGGUCCUGGCUGCCCAUGGGGGCCGAUUACAUCAUCAUGAACUACUCGGUCAAACACCCCAAAUACCCUCCAAGGAAAGACCUGGUGAGAGCAGUGUCCAUCCAGACGGGCUACUUGAUCCAGGGGAGAGGAGUCAAGAGCUGCUCCAUCACCUACCUGGCCCAGGUUGACCCCAAAGGUUCUUUGCCCAAGUGGGUGGUGAACAAAUCAUCUCAGUUUCUGGCUCCAAAGGCCAUGAAGAAGAUGUACAAAGCCUGCCUGAAGUACCCUGACUGGAAGCAGAAGCACAACCCUCACUUCAAGCCCUGGCUGUUCCCCGAGCAGAGCACCCUCCCCACCGUGGCGCUCUCGGAGCUCUCCAUCCAGCACGCCGACUCGCUGGAGAACAUUGACGAGAGCAGCCUGUCCGAGACCAAAGACGACAGGGGCGAGGGCAGCGACGAGGACAGCGUCAACUGAACCGCCCUCGCUUCCCCCACCCCAGCCCCUCACCCCUCCGCACCCGCCCAACCGGGUUUAUUUUGUCUGUGUAUCCAGUGCAGGUCGUGUAACGCGCUCCCCCACCCCAUCGCUCCCCACCCUGGCUAAUGGCUGCUGUUAGGGCAUUUCUCAAGCAGGCCAGGGAUUGGAGAGGGACUGUCCCGCCCUUGAUGCCAGAAAUCUGGAUUUCCCCAAGGCUGAGCCCUGCUAGUACCUUAGGCCUGGACUCUGAAAGGCAUAACUCCCACUGGGACUUAGGUGUCGAAUACCUUUCAGGGUCAGGGUUCAGUGGGAACACCAGCGCUCUAGCACCGAGCAGGAUGGAUGCCCCGUAGCUUGAGGGGAAGCUUGUCUCUCUCCUGGCUGAGGAGAGCAGGGUGUGGGGGGAAUCCGCAGCACUGCAGAAGUCACCAUGGGCCGAGCGAUGUUCAAAAUCAACUUUGCGGGGCCUUCUGGGAGCGUGAGCCACCUUCCCUGGUCUGCCCGGCACUGUAGGCUGGGCGCUGCCUUCUCAGAGGGCAGGGGACCUUAACGGGUGCCAGCGCUGUCAGCGUUCAGGGAGAGUCACUCCCUGCAGGGAGCGGGGAAUGGAGCCUGUGGCGGGGGAAGCUGUCAGGCAUGGUUUCCCCCAAGGGAGGAGGGCUUGGGGAAAUAUCUUUGGUGAACAAGAUGACUGAAGCGAGACUGGCUCUCCUGGAAAGCCGCAUGCUCCCCAUGUUGUUAAAUGGCUGUUGUCUCUGUUUUCUUUGUUCUCCUGUAAUGGUUAGAACUGCCUUUUUCUGAUUGGGACCAGUUUAUGGACCCAUCUCCCUAGGGGUGUCCCCAGCUGCUUUGGGACUCUCCAGAGAGGGUGGGACCCCUAGGGGCCCUGGGCUCUCCUGUGAGAGGGGACCCAGAGGUCUUGACAUCUGAAUAUUUUCUCUGCACUAGAAUUAGAGGCCUUGGAUCUGGAUUUUGAAGCCGGUUCCUUGAAAGCACUCCCUGAAAACCCCAUGUUCUGUUUCAUGGGGGUGGAAAGGAGAUUUUGUACCUUGUACUGGAGCAGUUUAUUUAGGAAUAAAAUGAAUAAAUCAGGCAA